AUGGCGCCUCCAUCUAAACUCACGAUCGCAACUGGCGUCGUAACCCGCCUUGUCAAGGAAGAAGCCAGCUACCACAAGGAAAUCGAGCAGCAAGAGGCGCGCAUCAAGAAGGCCGAGGCCAAUGAGGGAGAUGAGAACGGCGAAUACACCCUGAAGCAAGAGCGUCAAGCACUCCAGGAGACCAAGAACGUCCUGCCUGGCAUGAAGACCAAGAUCGAGCAGGCAGUUGAGCGGCUGGAGGAGGAGCUUGAGAACAACAAAGAAGGCGGCGCCCAGGCAUCACCGGAGGAAAUCACCAAGGCGAAAGAGGCUGUCGAAAAGGGCAAGGCGGCCAUGCGUGAAGCUUCUUAG